AUGCCCCAGGCUGCAGAAGGCAAAAUCAACGCGGAGGUGCUUGCAUGGAGGGUAGGGAAGCGCCUCGGGGAGUGGGUGGAGGAUAUAAAGGAAUAUGUACAAGGACGGCAUCAUAAGACGUACCUGGUCAUCCUGAGGAGCGGCGUGGUCCGCCUCGUGCGCGUCCACUGCCCCGUAUCGAGGAAGUUGGGGUCGGGCGUGACGCCCGCGACGAAGAUGCAAUCUGAGAUUGCAACGAUGAAGCAUGUGCUGAAGUGCACGCGGGUGCCCGUACCGGAAGUGUUCGUGUACGACGCGGACGCGGACGGGGGUGUGGGCGGGGAGUGGAUGGUCAUGGAAUACGUACAAGGUGUCCCCCUGGACGAAUGUUGGGUGCAGAUGACUGCUGAUGAGCGGGCCAGCGUUGUUGCUGGAAUCAUCGCGGUCCUGGCCGAACUAGUAUCGCUGCGUUUCCCUGCGAUCGGUAGCCUGCAGGAGGACGAGCAAGGUCUAUGCGUGGUUGGGCCGAUGACGUUCACACCUUCAAGAAACGUACACGAUUUGGCCGCACCGGAUCCUGCUUCUUGUGGACCUUAUAGGAACUACUUGGCCUGGCUGGAGUCUCUGGCGAUGCGCCGAAUGUCUUUCGACUCUGGACUAGAACUGGAUCCCUUCCAAAAGGCAAACGUCGACAUCAACUUGGCAAGGAUCAAAGGGACUUCGAUCUUAAUCCCGAGUGGCAUGCAGGAGCUCUGCGGGAUCGCUUUGGAACAUCCUGAAUUUACCUUGGACAACAUCCUGGUGGACCCUUACGACCCAGGGAGGAUCAAGGCCGUCAUCGACUGGGAGGGGGCGCGUACCGUGCCGCUGUGGGCUAUUCAACCUAGGCCUUUCAGGAACCUCGAUCUUGUAGACCACUGGGUAUCGAACGAAGAUAAGCGGAAGCUGCAAGAGGCGGUCUGGAAGGGCGUCGGGUGCAGGGCGCCGAUGUGGCAGCUUGCCACUGGCAGCGAGCGGGUUCCCCAUGAGCUGCGCAUGAUGUAUUAUCGGGCGUGGAGGAGCACGAUGGUGUUUUCCCCAAUUGACUUUCAUUAUUGGGAUAGGGCGAUGCGGGGGGAGACCGCUGUCAAUGUGUAG